AUGACGGACGAACUAAGGAAUAGGGUUUCCUCCGCUGAUUCGCUUCCCAGUGCUACCGAAUACUCUCAGUCGAGGCAAAGGAAAAGGAGAAAGUGGGAUGAACCAGCAGAGUCGCUAGCGGUUUCAGUUGGAGUUGCAGUUCCUGGUUGUAUCCCUUUAUACAGUGGUGUUGCAUCAGCCUCCAGCGCUCUUCUCACAAAUCCGCCGCUUGUUGCUAGUUAUGCUACCGUUUCACCGGCUUUGCAAGUAGCUUCAGUGCCACAAAGCAGUACAGUCCCUGCAAAACUUUACCAAGCUAAGAUCCAAGAUGAGUUGAUAAUUGCACGAGAAAUUGUGAUAAAUGAUGCAGAGGCCUUAGUCCGAUACAAGCUCACAAAGCGACAGACACAAGAUGAGAUUCAGAAGAGCACUGGUGCUGUAGUGAUAACUAGAGGCAAGUAUCAUCCUCCUAAUACACCAACUGAUGGUGAAAAGCCAUUGUACCUUCACAUAUCUUCAGGGGCACAGUUGAAAGAUACCGCAGAGCGAAUUUUGGCGGUUGACCGAGCUGCUGCUAUGGUUGAAGAAAUGUUGAAACAGGGCCAGAAUGUGCAGUCUUCUUUCCCUAUUUUCUCAAAGGCUGCAAGCAAUGGAGUUAUGGCAUUGAGCACAUGUGUGUAUUUGGGCUUUGAAGCAGAUCCAUCCAAUAACAUUGCUGCAAGAAUUCGUGGUCCAAAUGAUCAGUACAUAAAUCACAUUAUGAAUGAAACAGGAGCAAGUGUUGUACUAAGAGGGCGAGGUUCUGAAAAUCAUUGCAAUCUAAACGAGUCCCAGCAACCUCUUCAUUUGUUCUUGUCCUCAACUAACUCGAGAAGUCUUGAACAUGCACAAAGUUUGGCUGAAAAUCUUCUGCAGACAAUUCGUUUAGAGUGUGGUGUGUCUAGGGUUGGAUUGGCGAAGGGUUACAAUGCCGUCCCACCACCACAGCAGUUACUGACUGGAGUCGAGUCUUCUGGAAAUUUGUUUAGUGUAAAUACUUGUUCAGUUGCUGAUAUAGCCUCACCGACAAUGACCUCCAUUCCGUCUAUAGAAGCUUCCUCAAGUACAGUUCCCAAUUUGGGUGCUUUAGGUUCUCAAGGGGUCUUAUCAUCUGCUGGGGGAAUGGUGGGUUUUGGUCUACAUCAGCCGAGCUCGGUUGCUGAUCCUCAGCAUUUGACAAAAGGAGGAACAAGCUAUAGUGGGUAUGGUGGUAUAUAUCCACAGACCACACCUUUGCAACAAGUUGCUCUUGUCCUGAGACAUACACCUUCCAUCAACUCCACAGUUGCUCCUGUAAUAUCAGUUGGAAGUGCAACACAUCUAGAAAAUACAAACACUUAUAAAAGUACAUCCUGCCAUUCCGAGAAGGAGACGGCAAUGCAGAAAAGGAAGUUUCAGGAGUUACCCAUCAGGUCAAAGGCACCUGCAAAACAAUUCCAGGUUUCAAAGUUGGACAAGCUUAGUGAACUACAAUCCACUCGCUUGAGAGUAAAGCCACCUUCGAAGGCCUGUGUCUCUCAGACUUCAAAUGGAAUGUCGUCACCACGUCCACGAGGAAUGCCCCCUCCAUCCAUGGCAAACUCCAUGACUCCACCGGCUGCCCCAAGAUUAAUCCCACCUUCCCCUAGUGCACAAUACAUGGCUCCAUCAGAAAUUAUCACGAGUGGGGCUCAGAAAAGAGAUGCCAAGAUCAGUGUUCGGGAUGAAACACAAUUAGAUAAAGUACCAGAGACUUUGAUCAAGCUAAUGGAAUAUGGGGAUGACGACGAUGACGAUGAGCAAACCGGCCAGUUACUUGGAAAUGGCAGCAACUCCAGUUCGACAGCAGUUGGAAAACCAUUUUGGGCUGCCUGA